AUGGAAAUUCAACGUGGAGCGCGCUCACCUACAGCAGUUCCUGUGCGUGCUGCCCAGCUAUAACUCAAGGCCUCCGUACUGACUACCUCAUGCUUGCGGCUCUGUAUAGGAGUUUGUAAGGUGGCACGCAUAAUGCAUGCCCUGGAUGUACCCAAUACGUAUCCCAGUUACGCCUUCGCCCGUAGCAGCACGGCUGCCGCGUGCCAAAGUAUCAAUCCAAAGCACGGAAAAGUCGUGUCAGAAAGCUUCUGCAUCAUAUAAGGGUACAUACAAGGCAUCAGCCCUGACAGAUAGCUAGGAAAAGUCACGUCAACUCUGACCGCCCAAAGGAACAAUUCGCUUCACCUGACCACUUCCCAUAACCCGUCAGCUCCCCAUUAUACACAUCACGAUGGCGAAAAAGAGAAGCGUCAUUCGCGCUAAAAACAUCGUUAUAUUCGGCGCAAUGGGCGCCGGAAAGAGUUCCCUCAUAAACCUCAUUGCAGACAAAAACAUCGCUCAGACAGGCUCCAACCUCAAGCGCUGCACCCUCACAUGGACCAAAUAUACGUUACCCAAGCUCUUUGAUGAUGAGAUGCAGCAUAACGUCUUCGACACGAUGGGCAUCGAGAACCCAGAACUCGAGCCAGAAGAGUAUCACCGAUCCAUCAAGAAUGCCAGCCGCCUUCUCCGCGAGCUUGAUGCAUGCGGCGGCACCAGUUUGUUGAUAUAUUGCGUUCAAAAAGGCCGUGACAGUGGAGCAUUGCGGAGCAACUACCAGUUAUUCCACGAAGUGUUAUAUCGGCGGCGAGUCCCCAUAGUCAUGGUGGUGACGUGCCUCGAGGACGAGAGAAUCAUGGAGGAAUGGUGGACGCGGAACUGUGCAUCGUUAGAGGCAUCCCAAAUCGUCGUGGAGGGACAUGCAUGCGUAACGACCCUGAGGAAUGAGGAUGAAAAGUACAAGGCAUCGAGAGAAGUUGUGCGUCAGCUGAUCCGGAAUCAUGCAGCUGUUGCGCCAGUGUCAGGGGGAUGGAAACAUGAGAAGAUAGGCAGCGCGUUCAAGCGAUGGAUGGGGUAUCCUGAUCCGGAGGAUAAGAAGUUGCAGAAUAAACUACAGAAGGACCUCGAGGGUCAAUGUGGUAUGAAGCCACCGUUGGCUUUGAAAGUCGCAAAAACAUUCACAUAUACGCAACGGUAGCCUGACGGACUCGCUCCUGCAGUAAGGAUUCGCUAUACGUAUCAUGUACUAUGCAGUGUACCGGCCCUGGCUUUCGAAUUGUAGAUAAGUAUGGUAUCGCCG